AUUUUCGAUUUCAAACAAUUCAGGGUGUGGAAGGCGUUUUUGUUGUUUUCCAAAUAAUAUGGUGGAUGGCAAAUUAUUGGAAUGAUGAAAAUUAAUCUGUUGUGAAACUAUAAUUCAUUUAUGUUUAUUAUCAGAUAACAGUUAUGUGAUAAAGCACAAUGAUCCUGUUCAUACACCGAUGUGUAGAGGAAUUGGCGAAUUAUAUGCAAGACUAAUUGACACAUACUGCUUUAUCUUCAACCUCCGAGGUCUUACCGAAAGAAACAACUCUGCAUGACAGCUCCUGGCUGCAUUGCAAUAAGAACAGCUUACGCUCCAGCGUUUCCUCGUGCUGAAGCGGCUACCGGCAACCGGUUAGACACCACCCACCGCCUGAAUUCGGGCACCGACAAGGUGAAUGCGGCGCAACGCUGUCAGUGCAGCAAGAUGACUCACAGUUACCUUGGAAAAUACAUUUGCUUUAUGUUUAUAUACUCUGCUUUGGCCAGUAACCCAAGCAGUGGUUGUCAUAGUAUUAAAGAACAUGUGAUAGCUGAACAUUUGGCAACAAAGACACCUUACCGGUUUGUGAUGAACUCGAACGAUAAGCCCAUAAACAUACCAGGGUGUGAGCCACAACGUAUUUGGUUAUUAGUACGUCAUGGAACACGUUAUCCUGGUCGCCAAAUGAUAUUCAAAAUGACUACUCAGUUGUCAGAAUUAAGAGAUAUCAUUGUCAUUGGCUAUAGGGGAAAAAAAGAAUAUGGACCAGACCAUAUUUGUGCAAAGGAUAUUGGAAGACUGAAAGCAUGGAAUCUUAAUGUACAAGAAUCACAAGAAAAACAUUUGGCCCAUGAAGGAGAAGAUGAAAUGAUAGAAUUAGCAGAAAGAUUCCAGAAACGAUUCCCUAAACUAUUUCCUGGACAUUUUGACAACAACACCUAUAAGUUUCAAUACACGGCAACUCAGCGAACUGGUGAAAGUGCUCGAUAUUUUACUAUAGGGCUGUUUGGACGGAGUGGCAGUCUGCAUGUGUGGUUUCCAGAGCCACUUGCUAAAGAUCCAGUGCUGAGGUUUUACAAAUUGUGUGAUCGUUGGCGUACACAAGUUGAUAAGAAUCCAGCUACAGUUCUACAGAAAAGGAAAUUUGAAAGAGGUCCAGAAAUGCUUGCUGCAUUGAAGAGGAUAACCACACGUUUAGGCCUCAAUGGGACAAUAGGUGUUGCUGAUGCAGAGGUGAUGUACCUUACGUGCACCUUUGAAACUGCCUGGGAGAAGAGGGGUGUUUCUCCUUGGUGUUCUGUUUUCUCAGAAGAAGACCUUAAGGUGUUUGAGUAUUCUGAAGAUCUGAAGUAUUAUUGGGUUGAUGGAUAUGGCUAUGAACUAACUUACAAACAGGCAUGUCCUGCCCUUAAAGAUAUGAUGGAGCAUUUGCAGCCUAGCUCUGAUAAUGAAAGUGGACAACACACAACUGUUGUUUAUUUUUCACAUUCUGGCACCAUGCUGAAACUGCUGUGUCAUCUAGGACUAUAUAAGGAUUCUGGUGUUUUGCUCCAUAGUAACUAUGACUCAAUGGCUGAUCAGCGCAAGUGGCGUGUUGGAAAAAUUGACAGCUUUGGUUCUAAUUUGGCAUUUGUUCUAUUCCAGUGUGGGAAUGAAGCCAAGUUGAUGACACUGCAUCAAGAGCGACCAGUUGUUCUCCCAGGAUGCCCACAAGAUCUUCUGUGCCCUGUAGCACUGUUUAGACAACUUUAUAGUGAGAGCCUUGAGAACUGCAACUUCCUGGAGAUGUGUGCACUGUGAUACAACCAUUAUCCAUAAGUUCAACAAUAUAUUUUUGUAUAUUUUUAGAAAUGACUAAAUGAUUGUGACAGAUUUAUCUGUGUAAACCUUAAAUAUAUUCAGAUUGCUAUUUUAUAAAUUCUGUAUUUGAAACACACAAAUUGGUAUAUUUUCUGUAAAGAGAAAUAGAUUUUCAUACAUAUUUUUCAUUGUUAUUUCUAUUUCAGUAACCAAUAAGAAUGUGUGAUGAAACUGUAAAUCCAUUUUCAUUUUAUUAUUGUUUAGUACCACAAUUAACAGAGUUGAGUGGUUUCUAAUGAGUAAUUCAUAAUGUCUGUGUCAGCACUGUCAGAAUUAUGCAGUCAAAUGCUACAAGAGUGCAACAAUAGCAACAGCGCAAUUUUGGAGCUGUGUGUGUUUAAGUAUAUUAUUUUGUGAGAAAAUGUAUUUCAGG